AUGGAUGUUCAUGAGUUUUUGUGUACAUCAUAUGUGGAUGAUGAAAUUGAUACAGUAACUCUAGACGAAGUAGGGCAAAUGUUGGAUGUGGUCGAACAAGCAGGCAGAAAAGAGGUCGAAGAUUCAACUUCACUUUCUCAAAGUAAUCUGGCUCCAAACUUUGAUUUAAAUGAAGAACCAACUAGGGAAGAUGUUUCUGUACAUGAAGAGGAUGUGUAUAAACCAGAACCAGUGUAUGAUGUUUUACCUAUGCAAAGGUCUAUGCCAAUUAACUCGUGGGAUUUCACACCUCAAGCAAACACCCAAACAUCGACAAUGGAGCCUUCGAAGAACAACACCCAAACCGAAGAAGACGACACAAUCGCGCUGAAGAAGAAGAGGGCGCGUCGCGUGAGCUUCGCCGACAACGAGAUCACCUCCGUACACGUCUUCCGCCGCGACGACGACGAUUCCUCUUCCACCGAUACCCCUGCCGACCCCUCCGUCUUAGGCAACUCCUUCCUCCGAGCAAUCGGCUCCCCUUCCCCUGGAGGCAGCAGCACUGCCGACAAUGGCGACGGGGAUGAAGAUUUUCAUGGUCCGGUAUCGGCCUGCUUCAUCAGACCGGAUCGGUUAUCGGACUCCGGUGCCUCCGACGACGUCACGAUGGACUCGACGGCGUUCUCGCUGCAUUACCGGAGUCUUGCUCGGUCCGAUUCUGGCGACAUCAAGACUCGACAGUUCGGCCUCACGACUCCAAGCUCUCACGGAAGUUCCAUGGAUCUCACGGAGGGGAGGAAGCUGUGUGAAGUGCUUGCUGCAGAUGUGGAAAGUGGUGGCAGGGACUCAAAUGACAUGAGCAUCGAGGGAGAGCACGUACAUAGUUAUCAUUACGACAGGCUCUCUCCUGCGUUGGAUGCUAUUUUGGCAGGAGGCAGCAAGGGUUCACCAAAUGUGUCUGUUAAGGUGGCAGAUUCUUCAAUUGCCUCUCCAGUUAAUCAGGUCCACCAAAUCCAAGCUUUUGGAUCUCCAAUCAAGCAAAUUGAGGAGUUUGCUAAAGAUUCUACUGUACCCAUUUGUAGACAAUUGGGCUUUGCUAAUGCUAAUAGGGGAACCCCAGUAAAGGUGGAUGAAGACAGAGGACAAGUGUUUGACUCCAAUCGUAAAUCUGAUCAAGUAAAUCAAAAUCCAGUACAUGGGUCUACGCCAUUGUCAUUUUCUGGAAGUAAACAAUUAUUUACAAGUUCUCCUGGUUCAUCCAGAUAUGCUGGAAAUAUAAUUCCACCUUUAGAGCAAUCUGGUAAAUUUGGUCCAGAGGUCUGUGUCACAAGUGAUGCAACUCCAUCUUCUGUGCAUAAAAGCAUUUCAAAGAUGAAAAUUCUUGAAACUACUCCUAGCAUGUCAAGUCUCAAAGAAGGAAUUGAUAUAUUGAAAGGUAGAUUGUCAAAAUACUCUCCUGGAUUUUCUCUUUCAAACAAGAAAGAUAAAAAUUGCAAGCAAGUUCAAAGUCGUAAAAUUGCUUUAGAGAAAAAGCUGUUUAGUUUUACUCCAGAGAAUAACAUGCAUAAAGGUGUGAUUGACAGCAACGAUUGUGGAAUUCAUUCGUUUAGAAAUAUUAGCAAAUUAAGUCAAAAUGAAGAGACUGUGGACACCAAAAAUGAUGAGGAAAAUUUGAACUUGAUUUCUGCUUAUGCUUCUUACAAUGAUGAUAAUCCUAUGUCUGUGGCAAAGGCAGCUUCUCCCUUACAGAUGGCUCAUUUAACAAGGGUGGUAGAUGUGGACCAGGCAGAUAGUGUAGUUGAGAAAAGAAAGGGUGAAAAUCUAGUUGUUAUGCAUGAUAAGCCUUUUUCUUUGCCUGUGAAGUUGUUUGACCAGAAUUUAUCACCAUCUGUAGAAUGUCAAAGUAAUUGCCGCAGUGAGUUGAAACAGGUGGAAAAGCAGAAUGAUUCUGUUAGUAGUGGUUUAGGGCAAACUGUUGAAUGCAACUCGCACCCAGUAGCCAACAAAUUGGAGUUUUCCGGUCUUGGAAACAACAAACAGCCUAACUCACCUUUUGGAGUUGCACAUGUCAACGGAUUUGCUAAGAGUGCAUCAGAGAGAACAUCGGCUAACAGUCCUAAUAGAAUUCUAGUUCUAAGCACUCCAAUCCGAAAAGUCACCAAAUUGUCAUCUCUGCAAGAACCUUCCGGUAUACAAGACAUUUCUCCUAAUGACAACUCAGAUGGUCAUGGUCUUGAUUACAGCUACCAUCUGGAACACUUUGUAGCUCAGGGUCCUCUAACGAAAUCAGGUAUAGAGAUUUCUUCUGGGAAGAAAAGAAAAGGUGUUGAGAUACCAAGUGAUGGAAACACUAUAGAUAAAAUAGCGAGGAUUCGCAGAAGUCCAGAGUUAGUUUUAGAGCAAACAGGUAGAAGUGAAAAAGAGAAGCUUGGAGAUCAGACAUGGAAUGAUUGGGAUCAUAUUCUUAAAAAAUUCUUAGCCAGCACAAAUCAGUUAUUUUCUCCAGUGGUUGAUGAGCUAAAUUUGAGAUUGAUUGGCAGGCUGGAGGAUACUUUGGUUCAUCUGCAGAAAGCUAAGAAAUUGAAGAUUCUUUGUUCUGAAAUUGAUUCUCAGCACAAAAUAACUGAUCCUUUAAACAUUUGUAGUGACAAAAGAGUUGCAGAAACAAGAAUAUUGCUGUAUAAUUUAGCAUAUGAGAAGGCAAAACUACAAUUAAUGCAUAUGAAGCGUGAAAGAUUACUGAAAAAGGUACAGCAGUUGAGCUCUGGGCUUCAAGAGUCUGAGGUGAUAAAAUUAAAUCUUGUCCCAUCUUCAUCUAAGAGUGGGGCAAUGGACACUCAAGCUGGUGAUAGUGUUAUGCAUACAGCAUUGUUUAGUUCCCAUGGGAAAUGUCAGGUUUCUUGCAAAAAAGUAAUGGAAAUGAAGCAGGAGCUUGAAACUUUGGAUUCAAAGGCAAAAUCCUUAAGAGAAUUCUUGUAUAGAUACUGCAAGAUGGAUGGGGAUCGAAGCUGUGCCAGCAGCAUGAAAUCUGUUUCUGGUUAUUUGCAAAAGAGAAUGACUUGCAAGUCUAUAUUCCAGAAUUUGAAGUUGUGGGAUAUUGAAGAUUUUGAGCUUAGGGAUGAUUGUUACAGAGUUUUUCUCAACUAUUGUGGUUAUAUAACUCAAAGGGUUGCAGUAAAUACUGGUCUAUCCAGCUUACUAAUAUCAAAUAAGUUGAAUGAUGUGAAUAUUGGGAAGACCUUCCCAAACUUGGAUGCUUUUUCUGCAUUUGUGUUCGUCUUAAAUCCUCAUACUGCUAAGAAAUGCACUGGUUUAAUCAGUAUGGCACGAGAAACACAGAUAACAAGUUCACUACUAAGUAAUUUGCUAGAUGUGAUUGAGGAGGUUCAAUCAGCUCGGAUAGAGAUUAGAAAUUUGGUCGAGGGAAAGUUCUAUUCUUAUUCAGUUCAGCAGCUUGAUUUACAGCUAUCUUUCAUUGACUUCUGUAACGGGGGGACGGUGAAAGUGACUCUCGAUAUGUCAUGCUUACAAUGUGGAGCCUAUCCUGUUGACGUUCUUCCAUCUCAAAUAUUUGAUUCUUAUGACGGGGAACAAAAGUCUUUUCCUUCCUCACUUGCAGAUGAAAUAAGAACUGCAGCACAGAGUGUGAGAGUUGGGUAUUCAAGAAUUGUCAGGCUUUGUAGAUGUAUUUCUCAGGCUGUUCAGGCUUGCACUCAAAGCAGAUGA